UUUUGCAGGUUGGAAGAAAUUCCAAUCUUUCGCCUGAGUUGAGGUAGGACGGAUUGAGACACAGCAAGAAUAAGUAGCAAUGAUGCAGCAAUUUUUAGCACUGAUUUGUCUGAGUAUAGCAUCCCAGAUUUGCGUUACAAUAUCUCAAACAACAACAGCAACAUGGUGCACUGUCGCGACAAAUGAACAAGCAAAAUGCGAAGCUAUGAAGACUGCGUUUACCAAAGCCAAUCUGGUACCAAGUCUAGCAUGUGUACAAGGCACUGAUACUUUCGAUUGUUUAAGCAAGAUCCACACUGGUGCGGCUGACUUGAUUACUUUAGAUGGUGGCGACAUCUACACCGCCGGGAUUGAGUAUGGCGUGAAAACUGUUAUGGCAGAAACUUACAGUGAUGGUGAUGGAUACUACGCUGUAGCUGUUGCAAAGAAUAGCGACACAAGCAUGACCUUGAAUUCACUGAAAGGCAAAAGGUCAUGUCAUACUGGUGUAAAAAAAACUGCUGGAUGGAACGUUCCCGUUGGCUACUUACUGGGGGAAGGUUUGAUGGAUGUGGUGGAUUGCAACAGUGACAUCAAAUCUGCUGGAAUGUUCUUUAGUGAAAGUUGCGCACCAGGUGCACUUUCGGCAAAGUAUAAUCCAAAUGAAGAUAAUCCACCUUCACUCUGUGAGACAUGUAUUGGUCAGGGCAAUUACAAAUGUGCACGAAACUCAAGUGAGCCGUACUACAACUAUCACGGAGCUUUUAGAUGUCUUGCUGAGGGUUCUGGAGAUGUUGCAUUUGUCAAACAUCUUACCGUUCAAGAAAACACAGAUGGCAAUGGUGAUCAAUGGGCACAGAAUCUUAAAUCCACCAACUAUGUCCUGCUGUGCCCUGACGGUACAAGAAAGCCUGUGACGGAAUAUAAAUCCUGCAACUUAGCUUGGGUACCCAGUCAUGCGGUGAUAACCGCCGCAUCUGCUACCAUGGAAAAGAUCAACUCUUACCGCAAGCUAUUAGAUGAUGGUCAGAAACUCUAUGGAACUGAUGGAAAUCCAGAAUUUGACAUGUUUGAUUCUGCAAACUUUCAAGGAAAGGAUCUGCUUUUCAAAGAUUCCACCGUUUCACUGAACAACACAGAUAGCACAGAAUAUGCCACCUACCUAGGAGUACCAUAUAUUAACACUAUCAGAGGUCUUGCAGCCUGCCCAGCAGGCUCAGCACGCUGGUGUGUCGUAUCUGACGGAGAGUUUGAUAAAUGCGAAGCUAUGAAGAAAGCCUUCGCCACAGAAAACCUAAAGCCCGACAUUUCAUGCCCGAGGGCCCAAAAUCAGGAAGGCUGUAUGCGUCAGAUUAGAGAUGGCCAAGCCGAUCUUGUGACCCUGGAUGGUGGCGAUAUUGUUACCGCCGGCAACACAUACAAGAUGCAGCCAGUUGCUGGUGAGAACUAUGGUAAAGAGGAUGCAACUGCCAGCUAUUGGGCAGUGGCUGUGGCUAAGAAGGGCACAGACUUCGGGUUUGAUGAUCUCCAGGGUAAGAAGUCGUGCCACACCGGUAUCAUGAAGACGUCUGGUUGGAUCGUUCCAAUUGGUACUCUAAUGGAUCGGGGAGAAAUUACUGUUGAAGAUUGCAAUGUGCCUGUUGCUGUAGGUGCCUACUUCUCAUCGAGCUGCGUACCCGGAGCCAAGACGCCUACUUAUGAUCCAGAUAACUUAAAUCCAGAGAAUCUAUGUGACCUGUGUAUUGGACAGGGUGAGGACAAUUGCGUCCGUAACAACAAUGAACCAUACUAUGGCUAUACCGGUGCUUUUAGGUGUUUAGCAGAAGGUGCAGGCGAGGUUGCAUUUGUCAAACAUGUGACAGUUGGUGACAACACCAAUGGGAACAAUGCUGCUCCUUGGGCUUCAGGGUUGGAUAAAGCAGACUUCGAACUCCUUUGCCCCGAUGGAUCAAGGAAGGCUGUGGAUGACUGGCUGACCUGUAACCUCGCUCGUGUACCCUCGCAUGCUGUCAUGACAUCAGGGAGCAAAUCGACAGAGGUGAAGGAAGAAUACUGGAACCUUCUUAAGGAUGGACAGGGAAUCUUUGCCAGUGACACUGGUACAGGAUUUCGCAUGUUUGAUUCAGAAGGUUAUGAAGGCAGCGACUUGAUCUUCAAAGAUUCCACUGUCAACUUGGUUGAUGUUGGCGAAAAAGACACGUAUCAGAAAUGGGCUGGAGAGGAAUACCUCAAGUCCUACGAGGCAGUCACCUGCCUGCGACUGCCUGCGAGUGGCGCUGGUCAGAUCACCACAAGUGUUGCUGUCACUCUUGUUUCUUUGGUUGUGGCAGUUUUGAGCUGCAUUUACAACUAAUUAUUUUCCCCUUUUCUCUUCUUUACUUCCUUGAUUGCCUUGUUACAUUAAUAAAACAGUAAAUGCUGUAAGUUAAUUAUGUACUUUUAAGAUUUUAGAAGAAAAUUCUUUUCAAUAUGUUGAUGCUACACAGAAUUAAUGGAAGCACUAGUAAUUAAGUAGAAGCCUUCCUAAAUAUGAUAUUGUUGCAGUUUUAGAUUGUUUCAUUUACAACUGUUGAUGAUUGAAUCCUUGUUGAAUUUCUUAGUUGAUCAGAUAUGUGACCUGUGUAAUGAUUGGCUAACUUGUGAUGCAUAUACAGAGUUUCUGUCAUGCUCAAUGAUAUGCAGUGUCAUCAAACUUGGAAUAAAAAUGAGUAGAUUUAAAUGUCAUAUGUAGUAAAAUAAGUAAUGGUUGAUCAGUACACUAAAAAGAUUAGUUACGUUUGUAUUUUGAUGAAUACUUGGAAUUCUUUAAUUAGAUGAAAUUAAUUGAUUGGUUAAUCACAUGGUUAUGAAUUUAUACAAAAGAUAUUGAUUUUAGGUGAAAUUCAGUUUCUUUUAUUCAAUAGAUAUUAGUGUAAAAAACUAAGUGGUCAAUUUAUUCUU